CUUUAAAUUGCCUAAAACCACUGCCACCAGAUCUCAUCAAUCUGUUGCCCCCGAUCUCCGAUCUGUUUGAUCCAAAAAUUGAAAUUGAAAAAAUAAUAUAAAGGCCAAGGACGGAAAAUGGCUGGAGCAGCGUCGGCGCUGUUCCUACUUGACAUAAAGGGUAGGGUUCUGGUGUGGCGAGACUACCGUGGGGAUGUAUCGGCUGUUCAAGCCGAACGCUUCUUCACCAAGCUGAUUGAAAAAGAGGGUGAUCCCGAGACUCAAGAUCCUGUUGUUCAUGACAAUGGCAUCACUUAUAUGUUUAUACAGCACAGCAAUGUGUAUCUCAUGACUGCAUCAAGGCAGAAUUGCAAUGCCGCUAGCCUUCUUUUAUUUCUACACCGCUUAGUUGAUGUCUUUAAACAUUAUUUUGAAGAGUUAGAAGAGGAAUCGCUUAGAGAUAAUUUUGUUGUAGUGUAUGAGUUACUUGAUGAAAUGAUGGACUUUGGCUACCCACAAUAUACUGAAGCAAAGAUUCUCAGCGAGUUUAUCAAGACCGAUGCUUACAGAAUGGAAGUUUCACAGAGACCUCCAAUGGCUGUAACAAAUGCAGUGUCCUGGCGUAGUGAAGGGAUACGUUACAAGAAAAAUGAAGUGUUUCUUGACGUUGUGGAAAGUGUCAAUAUACUAGUCAACAGCAAUGGACAAAUAAUUAGGUCGGAUGUUGUUGGGGCAUUAAAGAUGCGGACGUACUUAAGUGGUAUGCCCGAGUGUAAGCUUGGGCUGAAUGACAGAGUAUUGCUGGAGGCACAAGGUCGAACCACUAAGGGAAAAGCCAUUGAUUUGGAUGACAUCAAGUUUCAUCAGUGUGUGCGUUUAGCCCGAUUCGAGAAUGACAGGACAAUAUCUUUCAUACCUCCUGAUGGAUCUUUUGAUCUCAUGACCUAUAGGCUCAGCACUCAGGUGAAGCCACUUAUAUGGGUUGAAGCUCAGGUGGAAAGACAUUCUAGGAGCCGCAUAGAAUUUAUGGUAAAAGCCAGGAGCCAGUUCAAGGAGCGUAGUACAGCAACCAAUGUCGAAAUUGAGUUGCCUGUGCCAUCAGAUGCUACCAAUACAAAUAUCCGUACAUCGAUGGGGUCUGCUUCCUAUGCACCUGAAAAUGAUGCAUUAAUCUGGAAAAUAAAAUCAUUCCCAGGUGGAAAGGAAUACAUGUUGAGAGCAGAGUUUAGGCUUCCCAGUAUAACAUCUGAAGAAUCAGCUCCUGAGAGGAAAGCUCCCAUACGCAUGAAAUUUGAAAUACCAUAUUUUACUGUUUCAGGAAUACAGGUUAGCCCUCAAAAUGAUGUUAACUAAAUACAUUCCAUGUUAUCUUGGGAUUUGCAAUUUCUUUUACUUAGAUGCAUUAUGUGGUCUCUAUGCAUUUCGUUGGCAUGUCUUUACUAGCAAUGCACUGCAUCAUAUCCAUGGUAAGGUGAAAAGUUAGCAAGGGUUAGUUAUUGGCGUUCUCUAUCAGUAUAGGCUUGCAUCAAGAAAACAAUUUACAAAUAAGGGAGACAUUCAAGAAUUUGAAUUACAUAGGUGUUAAGCUCAUUAGUCAUUUAAUGAAUUACAAGAGACGGUAAUUAAGAAUGGAUUAAGGUGUAAUUCAAAAGUCUGACAGAACCAGUUCAGAUUUAUUUCUAGGAGAUGUACUAUAGAAAACCAUCAUCUACUUGGCAGAUUGAUAGAAAAUUAUGAACAAUAGAAAUAUGAGUCGGAUAUGUUUUUAUUGAUUUAGUACAUUAGGGUGCCAUAUAAGAGUGUUGUGGUGGACACUAGAGAAUAAGGAAUUUAGCUGUAACGCCCCAAGACCAGAACCAGACACUCAAAAAUGCUAGCAUUUCAUUAUGUUGAACAUCAUAAAUGCGGAAAAGUGAUUAGAUUUUUCUUUUAACAUAAUAAACAUUAAUUACGUUAAUUUAC